AUGACCAACUCUUUUGCCCACAUGGAGAAGCCCUCCCUCAUAUGGCAUUGGAGAUCAUGGGAGGACAUCAAAGCGGCGUCUCGCUUCACGCUCGCCAAUUACAUGAAUAUCAUCCUUCUCGUUGUCUUUCUCCUCCUGGCAAUCAUACAAGCGAGGGCCAAACAAAAAGCCGCCAAAAAAGCUGGCUAUGAAAAACGCUUCCUCAAAGCCCCCGAAUUUCCUCCAGUGGAAGAACAAACAGACUUCGACUGGAAAACCACUGAACCACUCCAAAAUCGCCCUUUCAAGCCCAAAUACCACCUGACCAUGGCCGACUCUGACGACUCAGCCCUUGAAAACCUUGACCCCUCCGACCUGUUGUUGAUGGACAAGAACUACGCCGAUCGAAUCGCAUACCGCAAACGCAUCAUGGCCGAACACGGAGAACAUGUUGUCAACGUCAAUGACGAUAUGCGUACCCGUCCCGCCGUUGUCGAACUGUACAUAUUCUUGAUGGGCACGUACCUCCCGCUCCGUUUCCCCAAGAUGUUCAAACUACACGAGACCGAUUAUGAGCAAGGCAAGACGUUCAUGCUUGAGAAUCUCGUCACAAAGGAACUGUUUCCCGCGCGUCCAACGCCUCAGACGCCGACGACCCAGCUCCUCAACACGCUGGGUCGGACCGUUGAUGAAGACAUCCUCUUCCUCCUUCCCGAAGAAGACAGCGACGACCCCAAGUAUAUCCUCGAGGCAUACGUGGUAGUGUGUGCAUCUGGCUUUGACCCAGCCGCGAAGAUCGGCAAGCGCCUGGCGGCCAUCCAUGGACCCGUUCCGGGCUACAGCGCGAAACUAGAAGGAAGCAUGGACCGAUUCUUCGCCAAGCUUGAAGUAGGCAAGUACGUGAAGCGGGUGAACUGGGCCGUGACGACGAACACGGAGCUGUAUGCCGCGGGUGCGGGCACCACGCACGCCCACGAAGGAGAUCACGUGGAGGAGCUCGACACCAUCGACGUCGACAAGACAUUCGUCCGCUCCGAGCGGCAGACUCUGCAUCGCCUGCCUAAAUCUAAGGCCUUGGUCUUCGCUUUCAAGACAUACUUGUAUCCGAUCAGCCAGAUCAAAGAGGAGGGAUCGGGCGAGGAGCUUGCGACGGCGAUCGAUGGGCUCAAGGCUGGCAAUGUGCCGCAGAUGCAUUUCUACAAGAGAGGCGUCGUCUGGGGUGAGGCGGUCAAGAGGUAUUUGAGGAGUUAG